GAUACACAUAGCUAAAUCGGGUAGACCCCAAUCCUUUUUCGGAAUGACUAUUUCGCGCUAGUCACGCCUUCUUUACAAGUUGCUUCUUCUCCAAUGCCACCUGGGACGAUUAUCCUUCGCUCGCCAUCGCCAACUUUGCCAGGCGCCUGGCCCCAUACACCACUUCGAAGUAGAUCGCUCACUUAUCCGACCCUAACUGCAGGCCCGGAUUUAAUGCAUCUUGAUACUGCCCCCGGUCAAAGAAAACUGACUUCUUCACAGCCAGCAUCUCUUGCCUCAGAUGAAACACUGGCUCAAAGCACUACGACUGGCUCGAUGCCAUCUAGAGUCUCCGAACUGACGAACUUCACACAGACACUCAGCGGAAGCUCAAUAUCAGCUAUGACUAAAGCUUCGCUCAAUACUUCGACUUUAACACUGGAAGAAUGCAUGACCGCAACAACUGAUCACUGGAAGACGGCGUCACCAAACUCAGAAACGCGCAUACAUCAACUUCCAAGCCCAGAAACCAGUUCUGACAACCACGUCGUAUACACAACUGGCAGACGCGUCAAAGUCGAUCAAUCGCAGCAGCAAAUUGUCAUUGAAGACGAAUCAGUAGACGAUGCGUCCCGGUCCUCAGAGAUGUCCUCAAGUCCGAAUCCUCCCUUUCAUUUCACGCCAUCUCAAAGCCGUUCAGGAUCACCCAUGUCACCCAUGAUCUUCGUCUCGCCCACCGCAUCCAAUCGCACGCCUCCUGCAAUUAGAACAGAGUAUCAGUCUUAUAGCUUUAGUUCCGAUGAAGAUGGAGAAUAUGACGAUUCCGGUCUUCUACGACUUGGUUCUCCCUCAUUACCGGCUUCUUUACCUUCUACCCCAAGAUCAUCGACAUUCUCGUCACCAGCUCGUGCGUGGAGGCAAAAUGUCUCAGUGGUCAACAUUUCUCCGAUUUCUGAAGAUCUCAACUCGUCUACUGAAGGCCUGCAAGUUUCCUCCCAGCGUCGGUUGACAUCCUUAUCGCUUCCUGGAAGCAUCAAUCUAGACGAUAGCAUUCCUGAUGUCGCCCCGUUUCCUCCGCGUGUUACAAAUGAACACACACAACCAGACGCGGAUUGGACUCUUUCACUAACUGGUACUUCUGAACCUGGUUUUUCUCCAUACACAACCUCCGUUACUUCUCCGAUCUCUCUUGUUGCUCGAUCUAUCUCACCUUCGCCUUCUCUACGGGAUCGACUUCAGAAUCCUCUUGUUACCCAUGUGGUAAAUUUCCCUUCUCCGGCUGUCACACUACCUCCUUCCCCAGAUGUUCCUCAAGCUAAUGCUGGCGAAUACGCUACUGCAGUAAUGAUGUCUUCAUGGGAAUCUGCCGGUCUUCAGCUUGAGCCUAUCGGUCUUGAACUCACCCGUGCGACGGAUACCUUAGCUCGUGAUGAGGUCGAAGAUCCACUAGUUGGGGCACCGAGUCACGAACGGCGAACUAUCAUUACUUCGAACGGGUCUCGUCAAAAGCGCGGUGUUCUGUCGAAAGUAAGGCGGUUCGGCGUCAAAUUAAAGCAUAUAUUGCAGGGAAAAUCGAAGGAACGUCUAGAAAUAGAGAUUUCCUCCAGCAAAAAGACCACGAAUUCACACAGUACCCAUUUGCCAAUGCAACCGAUCACUUCUGCUAAUAAUUCUACCACGCUCGGUGAACAAUCCAUGGCCGUUCAAGCUACUCCUCCAACUCUGGAACUUGAACUCGGCUCUUUCAAUUUAGAGGAGCAUAUACCGAUGCCUUAUCCCGUUCUUUCGACUAGUCAACCUACUCGUCUCCGGAAGCCUCGUCCUAGUAUCACUGCUGGGACAUAUUCGUCAUCCACUGCACAUGAUGGUUCUCUAAUUAAUCACGACCAUCCUACUCGUGUUCCGUCUCCAAAUGCCGAUGCUGGUGCAAUCACGAUCGAAGCUUACGCUAGACCCAAGACAUUGAAUGAGAUCAAGAACAGACAACGCUUGUCACUCUCUGCGAUAUCUAAUCAUUUGGCGAGGCCAUCAUCUCCAUCUAGUCCGUCUACACAUAUCGCUGUCAGACAACGCAGACCUCGACCAGCUUCCGCUCUCAUAUUGCCUUCUAUCAUGAACUCAUCGUCUCCUCAAACCCGACGCCAGACUGCAACCACUCCGAAUCGCAUGAGUAUCUCAAACCCAAUUGGACCAGUCUACCACCGUUCUGGCAUAUAUCCGCUUCCACCAGGAUUAGACACGCACGUCCCUCCCAGAACACGUACAGUACGCCUGGCUGUACCCAAAUCCUCUUCCACGCCCUCGCAGUCGCAUUCUCGUCCUGCGACUGGCGGCUGCAGUAGCAAUGGCUUGAAUUCCAGUGCCGCCACUGGCAUGAUGACUAGGAAUUUUUCUCAGGUUUCAAGAGUGCCCGACGUGGACCGGGAGAACAAUCGCAGCGAAAGGAACCGAAAUCAGAACAGGUUUUCACUGACGGGUUCACUCUCGACGUUGUCUAGUUUUGCUGCAGGAUUGGUGGACCAUGGGUCUUGGGCGAGGUUUGAAAGCACAAAACGUGAAGAUACCUCUUGAUUGCAUUUAUUUCUCCUGGAGCUUCUUUUUUCCCUUGGCCAUAAUGUAUUGUAGAUUCGACAAGCAUGAAAAACGGACAUGCAUGGGGAUAGCCAGACAUUGACAUUGUAUUAAUAUGUAGACCAGCCAAUACUCUUUGUACCAAGUAUAUGUUACUUCAAAUAUCAAGAUCU